AUAACGGCUGACUCGAUCAAGGCGUAUAGAGACCGGUAUAGAGAUAGCAGUUAUACACAUCUCUACGCUAUUGGCAAAUGAGUCCUGUUUUGCGUAGACGAGUGUUGUUUUGGUAAAAAGGGAGCUGAAAUAAUGAAGUUUGACGAUAUUCUCGUUAUGACAGGGGAGUUUGGCCGUUAUCAGUUAUACAGCUAUACCAUCUUUUUUCUUUCAUCGAUACCUGAUGCGUUUCAUGCUAUAGCUAUCGUAUUUCUUGCUGGGUCGGCCGAUCAUUGGUGUUCGGUACCUGCAUGGAAAAGUGAAAACUGCAGUCAACUGAGCGUGAGUGUGGACGAGUGCGAGGAGUUGAAGCGCUAUGUCAGUAUACCUCAGACAAACUCGUCUGAGUUCAGUCAGUGCUCGAUGUACAAUGUCUCCAGCUUGCCCUUCGAGUCACCGCCCAAUGUGAACUCGACCACGACGUCGCUGGUCAUCGAUUACCAUGCACUGGAUGAGAUACCGUGUUCGGAUGGCUGGGAUCACGACACAAGUCGGUAUAAAUCAACCAUUAACAUGGACUUCGAUUUAGUCUGUGGUAAUAAGGACUUGUCCGACAUAUCAUCGUCAUUGUGGUUUGUUGGAGUCCUCACCGGGAGCAUCGUUUUCGGCUACAUCGCGGACAGAUUUGGUCGAUUGAUAACAUUUUGGACAUGUAUAACUGGACAGGUAGCCUUCGGGGUAGCAGUGGCCUUCGCCCCUUCAUUCUGGUGGUUUGUCUUCUUAAGAACUAACCUGGCUAUGUUCAACAUGGGGGUCUUCCUCGUUGCAUUUGUACUUGGUACGGAGUUCGUAGGUCCAUCUAGGCGUGUGAUAGCAGGUACUGGGCUUAUGAUAGGAUUCUCCAUUGGAUACAUGGGACUGUCAGUUAUUGCUUAUCUGAUCCGAGACUGGAGACAUCUCCAGCUCGCUCUAUCGAUCCCAGUUGUCGUUUUCUAUGUAUUUAUCCCGAUCGUUUCCGAGUCGGCCCGUUGGUUGCUGAGUGUUGGAAGGAUUGAUAAGGCCAAUGACAUCAUCAGUAAAAUUUCAAAAACCAACAAAGUUCCUUUGCCCCAGCCAGUCUUCACUGAAAGUGAUAAAGAACAAAUGCAAAAAGAAAGAGGGGAGAACCGAGCGACCAUCAUCGAUCUGUUUCGGACACGUAAUCUGAGACUUGAAUCGUUCAACCUUCUAUUCAACUGGUUUGUUGAGAGUUUAGUCUACUACGGCCUAGCACUGAGCUCGUCUGACUUUGGGGUCAAUGUUUAUAUCGCAGCGUUUGUAUCCGGUGCUGUAGAGGUACCGGCUUACGUCAGUAGUAUAUUCGCUUUGGAGUACUUUGGGCGUCGCCCAUCUACUUGUUUCUACCUUGUCUUAGGGGGUGUCGCCUGCAUUCUUUCUAUUGUCAUUCCGGCUGGUAUAGGAAGAGUUGUCAUGGCAACCAUCGGCAAGUUUGGCGUGACUGCUUCGUUCAGCAUCAUCUACAUCUACUCAGCUGAAUUAUAUCCAACACCUCUCAGGAGUGUAGGUAUUGGGAUGUGCUCCAUGUCAUCCCGUGUAGGGGGCAUUAUUGCCCCCCUCAUACGGAUCUCUGGUCGUACUUGGGCCCCCCUUCCGUUCAUAAUCUAUGGUUCAUUUAGCAUAGCAGCGGGUCUUCUGGCUCUUCUACUACCCGAGACCAAGGGGCGUAAGCUACCUGAGACUGUACAGGAGGGAGAGAAUUUCAGGAAUACCAAAUCAGAUGAGAAGUACAUGGAGGUCCCUGUUGAUGAAAAAUAUGAUGUUCCCAUGACAACGAUCGGAAAUGCUCCAGGUCACGUUGCAUAAUACCAGAUAUCUCCCUCAUGGAAUUACAGGGACAGCAUCAUUAUGGGACGAUUAUGUUUAAGAAAAAAGUGUAUAUAAUUAUUUUUCACUUUUAUGCUUUCAUUGUCAUUGGACAGGGAUUAGAAGAACAGUAUAUUUUUUUUAUACCGAAAUGAAAAAAUACCUCUGAAAAGAAAUGAGAGAGGGAGAGAGAAAAAAAUGGAUGUAUGCAUAUUAUUUGAAAGAGACAUUGUCAAUAUAUAUGACAUGUUUACUUUAUGUCAUUGCGGGGGGCACUAUUUGCGUUUGGUAUGUGCCACGUAGAAGACUCCCGUUUUACAAUCAAAUUUUCAUUACAAAGCAUUUUAUUUUUUUUCGUUUGUGAUGAAAAUAAGGUGAGCAAAUUUUUUGUACAGAAUAGAAUCAAUGCGAGCACGAAUUGUGAACUGUUUUUUGUUGGUAUAUGCUAACCUGAAAAGAAGGCAUUUUAAGCAUCAUUUGUAUGUAUGCAGAGGACACUAAAGAAAUAAA